AUGGCAGCGACAUGGGAUGGUGCUCCAUCUAUCAAAGGUCCCACCGAUUCGGUGCGGAUGAUACUAUUGACGAUAUGCCUAACUGGUGUUCAAUUAGUAUGGAGCGUUGAGAUGUCAUACUGUGCCCCUUACCUAUUGUCACUCGGUCUGACCAAAUCCCUCAUGAGCCUGGUUUGGAUCGUGGGACCUUUGGCUGGGCUCACACAACCCGUAGUUGGUGCCAUUGCCGAUAGGUCACGGUCACGGUGGGGAAGGAGGCGGCCAUUAAUGGUUAUCGGGAGUGUCGUCGUUGCGGUUGCGCUACUAAUUUUAGGCUGGACUAGAGAGAUCAGUACAUUUUUCUUUGGAGAAGGUGAUGCGACCAAUACUAUUGUUAUUAUUCUUGCAAUUAUGGCACUAGCUUUGGUGGAUUUUGCUGUGAAUGCCGUGCAGGCAUGUUGUAGAGCACUUAUUGUUGAUACUCUCCCGAUUCCCCAGCAACAACACGGAAGUGCAUGGGCUAGUAGGAUGAUCGCAGUCGGCAACAUUGCUGGCUAUUUUGCGGGCACAGUCGAUCUUAAGGCGAUAUUUGGUACUUCUUUGGGUGAUAGUCAGUUUAAACAACUCAUGGGCCUUGCCGCAUUUUGGCUGCUGUUCUGCAUUCUUGUCACCUGUUUUUGCGUAGAUGAAAGAGUACUUUUGAAUAGACGAAGCUCCGAUGAGAAAUCAUCUACUAUUCAAGUAUUUGUCCUGAUAUGGAGAACCUCGUGGCAUCUUCCAAAAGGUAUUUGGGAUAUGUGUGUAGUUUUGUUUUGGGCAUGGAUAGGCUGGUUUCCAUUCAUGGUUUACAGCACAACAUUCGUGGGUGAGGUCCUCAAACGAUAUGAUGUGGCAGCCCAAGAAAGUUUGCAAUCGUCUGCGGAUGUUGUCGGAGAUAUUGCAAGAGUUGGUAGUAUGGCGUUGGUUAUGUUCUCAGUCGUAUCUUUGUUCUCAUCGGUCUUGCUGCCCUGGGUGGUGACAUCCCCAGAAUCUGACGAAUUUCGCCAGAAAGAUCCUGGAAACGGUUCGCUGGCCAAUUUUCUAGAAGCCAUGAUACCUUUCAAACCAAGUUUAGCAACUGCAUGGAUUUGUGGGCAUAUCAUGUAUGCGUCAUUAAUGCUAAUGACGUUGUUUGUGUCAACUGUGAAUUUGGCAAUGCUCUGUGUUGCCCUCAGUGGAGUGGCCUGGUCUUUAAUGACUUGGGCUCCUUUUAGUAUUGUUGGGGAAGAGAUUAAUCGACUCAAUAUCUGUGGACCUACCAACAGUUAUCGUCCUCGGAGAUUAAGUGGAGCAUAUGGGCCUCUAAACCACCAGCGAAAUUUCGAAUAUGAUGAAGACGUAGAGAUGGAGGAAGCGACAGGAAAUCCUAUCCCUAGUGAUGCCACUCAAACAACAGUGAAUGCAGAAGCCGGUUCUGAUGAGCUUGCAGGAGUUUAUCUCGGAAUUCUGAAUGUGUUUGCGUGUCUGCCGCAAUUUGUCGGAGAUGUCGGGCCUCCAAGGGUCGGUAUAAAUGCUAUUGCGGUUUGCAUGGGUAUCGGCGGAAUUUCUACUUUAGUUGCAGCGCAUUAUACUUUAAGGUUUAAACAUCGUUAG